AUGAUGGACCCCACAGUCGCCGAAACCGCGGGCAAGGCCAACACGCUGGGCGUCCGCGGCAGCGACGUGUCGUACGGCUCACCCAGCUUUGUGGCCGACUUCAAGAAGUUCACGGCGGGAACGAACAUCUCGUACGGCAAGUCUGGCCCCAUCGCGUUUGACACGUACGGCGAUCUGAAAUACGACCCGACAACCUCGUACGACACGGCGGAGUUCAACAAGGACGGGCAGAUCGUAAACGUGGACCUCUAG